AUGGACCCCAUAAUCCUCUUAUCUUCACCGCCUGCCCCCCAAUUGCGAAUUACAACUACCAGUACGGGUAAAACGAUAUCCUCCCCGCCCUCGUCUCCACUACUCUCGCCUUCAGCUCUUUUGCAGGAGCUUGUCGAGAAAGGCACUGCUGCUAUACACAAACAGAGGGGUGCGAGAGCCCCACCACCACGCCGGGUUAUCUCGAGUGAAAAUGUCUGGAACGUCCCUAGCAGCAGCGACGACCAAGAUGGUUUAAUAGCCAAACUGUCACCCCAAAGAAAGAGAGCAACAAAACCAACCGGGGACCCUAUUACCAAAAUAUCUCGAGCGAAGAAGGAUUUCACAACGCCAACACUUGGCCAUUUUCUGCCGAAGAGCAAGGCCUUGGGUGAGGCUGAGGCAAAAGAUGCCAACAGGGCGAAAACUAGAAAUACGAGAAAGAAGGGCGUGACGAAAGAUGGACAGAUCGUAGCCAAAUCUACCAAGAGGUCUAUGCCAACAAAAUCACCAUUUUUUGGACCGCUAGAUACAGCGCAAAUUCCCAGCAAACCUGUAGCCUACGAGAAAGCCGCCUCGUUUCCCAGAUCCACAAGCAACCCCAUUACGGAGCCGCCUAUUCCAACCAUCCUCAGCCAAUGGACCCCCGUGAAGGGGGCUAUUAGUAUCGACAGUUCCCCUCCAGAUAACAUAGAGGCAAGUGAAGAAAAGGGCGAGGACGACAGAGGAACGCUCGACUUUGCAAACAUGGUUGGUGAAAUGAAGCUUUCGAGAAGCUAUAGUCGCGAUGGGAGUGCUGUGCCUUCGCUUGGAGGGCUGGACAAGCUCGGGAAUGGGCUGACUAAGAAGCGAGCAAUAGAGGUCAGUUUAUCGGAUCGUGAUGUCAAUACUGCGUAUGCAUGCUAACGAAAUAUCAUCCGACAGAUGGUCAAUCUUCCCAGCAACUCGACUAUUCCUAGUAACGAACCCAAAGCGUCCAAACCUAAACAACCAAGGAAAAAGCCGAAGACAAUCACAGGCCAAGCAACAGCGCAAUGCCGAGAGGCAAAGCAAGCGGCAAGCCACUCUUUGCUCGAUUAUUUUACGCUUGAGGGCGCAACCGCCGAAACCGCUACGGCGGGGAAACCAACCCGCAAGCGAAAGCCAGCUUCAGAGAAAAAAGGGGAUUCCGUCCCAGCGCCUGUACUACUUAGCCCAAAGGCUGCUAAGCGUCAAUUCGAUGAGACAGAGUGUAUUUUCGGCAGCAGUUCCCAAUUGGAAGUCAAGGCUGAAAUCGAGAUUGUUGACAACCCAGAGCCCGCCGAGGAUGAAAAUGCUCCUGACUAUGUGCCCCCUUCGACCUCAAUUGCCAGGAGAAGUUUCCUGAGGACCCUAACGAAGGACAGGAAGGGGGGAAAUAAACUGGCCGGCACAAGACGUGGGACAAAUAUCGAUCUAUUCGGUGUGUCGAUGGUUGAAGACUUCGAGGUCCAUUCCGAACACUUUCCUGCAGAGCAGCAAAACCUCCCUGAGAGUCGGUUAGGGAAAGGAACUGCCAGCAAGCUAUGGGAUGCCGCGGCCAGGGAUUUGGAUGGUGGCUUACUCUCGGUGGAAGUUGUUGAUAUGUCCCUCGACAAUGAUAUCCCGUUGUUACCUGGGGGCCCGAAACCUAUGGAAGAUAUAUUGUCCCCCAGGAGUCCAGGCUUAUCGGAGGGUCCAGCCCUUCCGAAACAUGCGGGGGCAGUUGACGGACCAGCGCUAAACCUUCGGAUGGAGGGGCAGCCAAUGAGACCGCCACCAACUGUAGUCGUUCGGGACGAGGACUUGCCGAGUUUACCAAAGGAGGGCCGGCCUUCAAACGCACCCCAUGAAAAUCGCGUUGGGGAGGAGUUCAUACCACACUUACGGAUAGAAGGUAUGCCCGCCCCUCUCAAAGUAGCGCGAUUUGCCAUCACAGAUACGGGUGAGGCAAAGGAAUCACCAUUUGGUGACUUGGCAAAAACGUGGGAUCGCGCGUCAUCAAUGAUCCCAAGCAGUGUUACAACUUCGGGUGUCAGCGCUCCCGCCAGCAUCGCAGUCGUUCCUGCCCACUCCUCCGCCACGGUCUCCAACCCCAAUCCCCGGGUGCACCUCGAGCCAUCCAUGCCAGACUUCAAUGCAUGGAUAACAACAAAAUUGAAGGCUGAGGUAGCAAAAUACGGUUUCAAGGACCUCAAAACCAGGCAUCGAAUGGUAUCUAUGCUUGAGCAGUGUUGGCGAGCGAAAAACAAGCGGAAUACCGAACAGGAGGUCAAUCGGGGCACGGAAGCUGCUACCGCAAUCAUAUUUACCCAACGAACGAGGUCUGCCAGCCCAAGCCUUGCCCACCCUACUCAAUCUGGCGGGGCAAGCGGCCUUCCUUGCCGGGGAUACUCCACGACUACCAUCCCAGGGGUCCCCACAUCCCGGGAAAACGGGCCAACCAUUAGGCGGCUUCCCUCCGACAAUGGAUGUUUGGGUCCCACAGCCCGAGGGCGAUCACCAACUCCCAGGAAUCAAUCUACUACCAACCAACCCGCGGCGAAUCAACCUGCCAUAAGCAAUGCCCCUGGAACAGACAUGCAAUAUCCACAAAAGUCUCAGAGCCCGUCCAAAUUUGCCCAAAGUAACCCAUUCCCGCCGCCUAAACGAAAAGCCAAAAAAGACAACCGGAAGCAAAAUUCCGCCUCCCCCACAGCGCCCAGGUUAUUAUCAGAGAGUCUAUCUCCUUCCCGUUCCCGCUCCCGCUCCUGCUCCCCCAAGCGGUUCCGCAAAAUGAUAUCACGCAUAAUCCUUGAUAUCAAGCCCGGAAGCGAAGGAUCCAAGUUCUCACACGCGAUCCUGAUGUACGACCCUAUCAGCGUGGAGGAGUUGGCGGAGUGGCUGAAUGCUCGAGGAAUCGUGGAGGGUGGGUAUGGUAAACAUAUGGUAACCGUGAAAGAUGUGAAGAAUUGGUGUAUUUCGAAGGGGAUUUGUUGUUUUUCUGAAGAUGGGUGGAGAGUUAAGAGGAAGAAGUAG